CACAGAGAGAUUUAAGCCCGGAAGCCCAACACAAAGUUCCAGCUCCAGGUGGGAGUACAGGGAACAGAACGGCAUUGGUGGGGGGCUCAAGAAAGUUCACCAUGGCUGGACCUAGUGAACUUUCAGUUUAUUCCCUGCGUUUGGGACCAGGAGAGGAAAUCGUCACCUCUUUGUUAAAAUUUGUGGAGGAUAAGCAGCUAAAAGCUCCAUUUGUCAUGACUUGUGUGGGCAGCAUCAGCAAAGCAACGCUGAGACUGGCAAAUGCCACUGCUUCGAAUACUAAUCAGAUUAUUCAUCUAAACAAGAGAUUUGAAAUUGUUUCCUUGGUUGGUACCCUGAACAAAGUGCCUCACCUCCAUAUAUGCCUGUCAGAUGAGGAUGGUCACACCGUCGGAGGGCAUGUUCUCGGUGACUUGGAAGUCUUCACUACAGCUGAAAUAGUGAUUGGCGAAUGCAAAAGCCUGCAUUUCACCCGGGAGAUGGAUGGUAGCACAGGUUUCCCAGAACUUAUCAUUAGUGCUCGCUCUGAAAAAGCUUAGUGAGUCCAAGCCUGUAAAUUAUGUGCCAUUCCUCAAAACCAGUGGAUUAAAUAAAUGGGGUUGGAGCAUGCCUUUCUUGCUCUUAGCUUUAGCUUAUUGAUUCAGACAUAUUUUCACACAGAGAAUAAUCAAUUCGUCAGCGGAUGGACAGAAUAAAAUAAUUUCAGGCAAACUC